AUGAAUCCUUAUCCACUAACGCAACGCUCAACGAUUCUGUUUAUGACACAUCUCGCAACAUCGUCACUUACCUAUGGCACGCUAAAAGUUUACCUCGCAGCUAUCAUCCGUGCACACAUCGAAGCUGGCUUCACCUCAUCAAUACGCGACGACCUCCUGCUUCACUUCACUAUGCAAGGCAUUAAAAGACAUCACGGCGUGCCAAAUCGUGUAAAACUCCCAAUCACCAUUGCACUAAUGCGAAUGCUUAAGAACACCGUCGCAAACCAUCCCACUAUUUGCGACCAUGACAAAGCUAUGUUGUGGUCUGCCUUUACACUGGCGUUCUUCGGCUUCUUGAGAGUCAGUGAAUUUGUCGCACCCACGUCAAUGACCUUCGAUCCACAACGCACUUUACUGACGGCAGACAUCACGUGCAACACAGACCUCGUCAUUGCGCUCAAGGCGUCUAAGACAGACCCAUUCCGCCGGGGAUGUAACAUCAUCAUCGCACCCUCACAGUCAUCGGUCUGCGCCGUGCAGGCAUACCAGCACUACAUAGUUCCGUCGCUCACCUACCCGCAUUCCAGUUCGCCAACAGUAAUUUCCUCACGCGGCAAGCUGUUAGCAACCACAUUCGAGACCUUCUCACUCGCGCAUCUGUACCAGAUGUUAACCGUUACACUACUCACAGUUUCCGCAGUGGUGCAGCUACGACAGCUGCCGACGCAAAUCUUCCGGACUGGUUGA